GGUUCGUGUUUUGUUUGCUGUUUGCUGUUUGCUGUUCAAAACAUGCUGCUUUUUAGGACUGUUUAGAUUGUUUGUUUUUUUAUUAAUAAUUUGUCCAGAAUGAGGUGCAUUUUUAUGAUUCGAGCGAUCAAAGCUUCCUCUCUGUCGUCCAAAGGCUUUCACUUUCGACAAGUAAGCUUGAUGGGCAGCAGAUUAAACCAUCAAGAGGACGGUGUUGUCGAGAAUCACGGAUUUUCUCAACCGGUCAUCGAUGAAAUUGGAGCGAAAAAGACGUUGAAAAUCGCCAUGAUCGGCCUGCCCAACGCAGGGAAAAGCACCCUGAUUAAUCAAAUUAUGGAACGAAGGGUUUGUGCGACGUCGAUGAAAGUGCACACAACUUCAAGAAAAACUCAGGCCAUUGACAACACAGGAGACACGCAACUCGUAUUCCUGGACACUCCAGGAUUAGUGACAAAUGCAGAGCUCAAAAAACACAGUCUUGGCGAAACAUUCAUUUCGGCUCCCUUGGAGUCGAUUCAAGAGGCGGACAUGAUUGCCGUUGUUCACGAUGUAUCGAACAAAUGGACUAGAGAAUAUCUGAACCCUAAAGUCCUUCACAUGCUGAAGCAAUCAGGAGAUAAGCAUUCCAUCCUUAUUCUUAACAAGGUUGAUCUAUUGAAGCAUAAAAGGAUUCUCCUGAAACUUGCUGAAAGCCUUACCGAAGGUCAACUUUUGACACAAUUGCCGUUUCGAAAUACGCAAUACCCUAGUGAAGAAAAUGAAGACGACGCAGACGAAGAAAGAGAACAAGACUCUGAGAGCAAAAGAGGCUGGAGAAAAUUUUCUGAUAUAUUCAUGGUUUCUGCUUUGUCUGGAGAAGGUGUUGGUGAUAUCAAGGAGUAUAUGCUGAUGAAUGCAAAACAAUCACCCUGGAAGUUUGACCCAGCCAUGUUCACUGAUCAGGAAGGCAAGCAAUUAGUCGACGAGGCCGUAAGAGAAAAAUUACUAGACAAUUUGCCUCAAGAGGUGCCUUAUCAAGUCUUGGUAGAAACAGAAUUCUUCCAUUACACUGAAGCAGGUCUUUUGUACAUUUCGGUCGUGGUCAACUGUAAGCUAGAAAGACACAUGAAGAUGCUUUUGUCCAGUGGCGGCAGUCGAAUUUCACUGAUAGCCAAGGAAGCAGAAAGGUCUCUUGCAAACUGCUUCCGAUGCCCAGUUAAACUUAAAGUUGUUGUCAAAUGUCAUGUAAAAAAACCAACUCCGAAAAUUAGUCCUAUUAGUAGAAAAGGGCUACUCAAUGCAUAAAUAUAAUAUAGUUGAACAUGAUUUAUUAAAAAUAUAGUAAUCCAAUAAUCCUA